AAGGGCAUAAAAAGGAAUGUAAGCUUGAUAAAAGACCAUAAAAGGCCUGAAAUGUUGCUGUAAUGCCCUAAGAAAUGUGCAAUAAAGGCAUUUGAAAAGAAGUAAAGCUUUUCAGAGUGUUCUGCACUUCAAGGCACCACCAGAAAGCGCUAGCGUGGACGUAAAAAAGGGCACCCAUCAAAGCACCUUCAGCGCAGAGCCGCACUGUAUGUAUGUAUGUUCAGAUAAUGGAAGUGAUGGAAGUCCCAGAAGAGGUUUGCAAUUACAGACCGUACUCAGCGGGAGUGUUAGAAGCGGCCCGCUACACGUCUUUCGCGUUGACUGCGCUUUCCUGCGUGCUAGGAUUAGGGGGCAAUGCUGUGGUCAUCGCUGUUACCGGGUUCAUCAUGAAGAGAAAAAACAGUAAAAUCUGGUUUCUGCACUUGGCUGUGGCUGAUUUUACCUUUUGCCUCCUUCUCGGGCUUUAUGCUCAUUAUGUUCUUACAGAGAACUGGCAAUUCGGAUCAUAUUUAUGUAAAAUCUCGAAUUAUGUUUCCACUUGUAAUAUGUACGCAAGUGUUUUCAUCAUCACGGCUCUGUCUAUUGACCGCGUCUUAUCAGUGGCCGCACCAAUAUGGCACCGUAAGUUUUUCUCUGUGAGGAUUUGUUGCUGGACCUGUGCGGCUAUUUGGAUAGUCACAGCUCUGCUCAGUCUUCCCGUGUUACUGUUAAGCGAUGAAAUUCAGUACGGUGACAAAAUGCAAUGCAGAAUAGUCAUUGUUAAACCUUCCUCUGCUACCCACAAUAUUCACAAAAGAGAAGCGAAUGACAGCCUGGAGUCCGGCAUAACAGGAUUGUAUAGAGACAGCGAGGGUUCUGGCUCAGGAGCUAUAAAUAAAGAUAAUUUUGAAAGAGUAGUAAAUGGCAGUAAAGACAACCUUAAUCUAACCUAUGUUGAAACAGAGCCAAUACUCGGUUUUUCAAAUCCAAUGCCAGAGCCAAUGCUUGAGAUAAAAGUUUACACACUACCAAUUUUUAUGUUAAAAUCUGAAGAUAUUAUUAAUGUAACAAAUAUUUCCACAUAUAAUCAGAAUAUUACAGUGAGGACACUGUGCACUGUUAACCUGAGGGAGAUCAGGGAUACGGCAUUUGCAACAGGCUGCAUUGUUAUCCCGUGCUUAGUUCUUGGUUACUUGAUCCCAUUGGCCGUCAUUCUGGUUUCCAAUCUAAUCAUUGCUCAGCGAGGGGGGAAAUCUCAGUCCGUGAAGAGCCCCAGACUGUAUAGAAUAAUAAUUAUGGUGAUCCUGUUCUUUUUCUUAACAUGGACACCGCUGAUCACAGUGCAGGUUAUUCUGCUGGCUGCUCUUUAUGGUGAAGAUGCCAUACUGAUGUAUAAAAUGUAUUGGGUGCUGCCACUCGUGUCCAGCAUAGCCUUUAGCAACAGCUGCAUAAACCCCAUCAUAUAUGUAUUGGUUGGCACACAGGCUAGGAAGGCUCUUACUGAUUUUAUGAGUACAAUACUGUCUUUUUUAAGCGGCACCCAAAGCAAUGGGUGAUAUCUUGCUGUUCAUUAGCUUUUCUUCUGCAGACGUACACUAUUCUCUUAUAAUGCAUGCCCACUGUAAUGUCCUUCUCUUGGAGUCCUGCCCUCGUUGUGCACAGCGAUUCCAAUUGUGUCAAACAGGAGGGGCCACAGUAAUUCCCUUAUUCAGUAUAGUAAGGAACCGUUAUGCCUUCCCUUCCUAUAAAGGGCAUUCUAGGGCCUAGAACUUUCCCAAACCUUGCAAAAAUGUUUUGUACCGGGAUACUGAAAUUGUUUAUUUGUCAGGACCUCCUUAAGGUCAUCUAUACUGCUAUGAAUGUUGCCUAUGUUUAUAUGGCCCAAUAAAUAUGCUUUUAAACAAAAUAACUUUAUUCUCUAAGGUUUAAUGUUCCAAGCUAUGAAUAUUAACCCCCAUAUGUCAUAAAAGGCACUAAGUCUGCCCAGG